UAUGUACACAUGAACAACCACAUUUCCUCCGCCCCCGCUACCAUUAUUUUACGUCCUUUAUUGAGGAUUGAAUCGAGCAUCUGCAAGACGUCAGCAACAGCUGGGGGUUUCAACAUUUUGUUCUUCCUCAACGCAGGGUCUCCACGAGACUCCAAUGGCUCGUACACCGAGUCCGGCCAAGCCGAAAGCGCUUCAUAAAGACGUGGAUGUCGAUGCGACACACACCUGUCCUCUGAGCUUGGCCCAGUUCACAUUCGAUACCAUAAGCGAAUCCUCCGAUGUGAUCUCAACCAUCUUGAGUGGCCGCACCGACUCUAUGAGUCCCCUUAAACGUGGAACAGAGCUCCGUGGAGAUGCCGAUUAUCCUUCAUCACGAAGGGUUAUAUCGGAAAUAGCCCAGCCCAUCAAGUGGAUCAUUGACUUAAGGCAACUAGACCACGAAUCUUUCACCCCAGUACCGUUCGCGUUGGACUCCCACCUCUCAUGUCCGUCAUGUUAUAAUCUUUCGAACAAAGGAUUGUAACAUUUUGGUAUCCUUCGGGCAACAAUGAGCCAUGAAUCCAUCUGGUCUAAUCGCCCUAAACCAGGAUGUUUCUAUGACACUGCCACACGACGAGCCGACCCUAGCAGCCUCAAAGACGAUUCUAUCGAUACAUAAAUAGUAGGCUUG